AUGACCUCCGCCAUUCUUCCGUCAACACAACAGACCUUGUCCUCCACAAUGACCGCCUUCUCCAACCCCGACUCUCUGAAAUCAACACCACACCCCAUAAUCUGCGUCACAUCAGCUCCUGACAAGAAAAAGCGCGGCCGAAAAGGUCGCAAGGAAACCCUGGCCGGCAAAGACAAGAAGACCACGCUGGUGGAGGAACUCGGAGAAGCGCUGGUCGAUCAGAUACACACCAUCACAUCAACAUCACCAAGCCCCCCAACUCGCAUCAGCAAAAACGCCUUAGUAGUCGAUCACCUUCGCAAUGACUUCACCUCUUCCUUCACUAUCCCCUCGUGCCCGGAUUCACGGAACAGCAGCAGCCGCUCCUGUGCCAGCGACGGGACGACUUCCCGGGAAACCAAUAUCUCUUCUGCAUCCACCCUCGCGCCGUCAGUAACGGGCACCAAUCGACCCAGCACAGACUCGACCCAGUCGCGGCCCAUCUUUGAGGAUGAAUGUCCUCCAUCCCGAGUGGGAGAUGCAGGCGCGGUCUUUUGCCUCGACGAUUUUGCCACAAUGACAACCAUUCAGCGUCUGACGGCGCAGUACGGCCGUGUCGCCAACAUGGGGAUUCUGGACCCUAGUUAUCGCUUCUUUGUCAAUCGUAGUCACACAGGUGCCCUCUCCUUCAAGGUGCGUAACAAGGUCGCAAUCGUGGGUGGCGAUCCGCUCUGUGAACCUCGGAUGAUUCUCUCCCUCCUCGCCGACUUUGCGGCAUAUCGCCGCAAACAUAAAUGGGGCAUUGCUUUUAUGGGUGCCAGUGCCGACUUUGUCAAAGAGACAGCCCAGCCUCAAGGCUGGACCACAAUUCGCUUCGGGACUGAGCGUGUGCUAAACCCGCAGACCAACGAGGUCCUCCUGGAACGCAGUGGGAAACGCAUCGCUGUGCAGAAUCGCCAGCUCCUCAACCCUGACAAAGGCGGCAUCCGACUGGGGGUGUAUGCGCCUGCGGUACACGGGACCGAUGCUCAGUUGCAAGCGGAGCUAGUGAACAUCUACGAUUCAUGGCGCGCCGAACGCAAUGCCUCUGGGGGUCCCCAGGCGUUUAUUACCGUCUACGACCCCUUCGCGCUCCCGUCCCUAAUGACCUUUAUUUACAGCCGCGGUCCGGAUGACAAGAUCAACGGCUUCGCCGCCCUGCGUCGUCUCGGAGAGGGAGGAUACCAUGUCGAUCCCUGCAUUGCCGCUCCCGGUGCCCCCAAGGGUAUCAGCGACCUCUUGAUCGUGUCGACCAUGGCCCUCCUUCACCGUGCAGGUGUCUCGUAUCUAGGCUUUGGAUUCGAACCUUCGCACGCUCUGGGUGCGGAAGAUGUCACCGGCAUGUCUCGACCCUUGGCCAGUCUGACGAGAAAGUUGUAUCGUCACACGUUCCAAAGACUGCCUAUUCAAGGAAAGAAGGCAUACAACGACAAGUUCCGGCCUGAUGCGGAACAGGACUGUGGCCUCUAUCUGGUGUUCCCGGGGGGUAUGCCGGGUCCUCGACAAUUCCUGGGAAUGAUCCACAUGGCGAAUAUUAGCUUGAAGAAAGUCUUGGGUGCAGACCUCAAGGCAUGGAUGUCUCGCUCUACUAUCUCGAAGCAGACUGAAGAUGCGACUCAACUCACGGACAAGACCCAGACGCCUCAGAAUCUGUCAUGA